CUUGUAACUGAGAAGUGAACCACAAUAUACAACAUUGAACCUUCAAUUAAUCAAAUAUGCGCGCGUAAUGUCCUCAAAAGGUUCUAGGUCACCUGAUUCUUUCAAUCAUCUCAUGAUUAACCGUAUGAGAUGAAUUCUCUUCUUCCGCUCCUAAGAGGCGCAUCGCCGAGAUAUCCCUACCCCUUGAGACUCUCAUCUAGUGUAGUGUCACGAUCACGAGCUUUCAUAUCUACCAAGGUCCCGACAAAUAUCUCUGGUUUCCUCGAUUUUAAGCCGCAAGAUGCUGUCUCAGAUGUGAAGAUUGACGGUUUCGUUCGGUCCGUCCGUGCACAAAAGCAACAAUCUUUUGUAGCUCUUGGGGAUGGUUCUUCUCUUGAAUCACUUCAGGCUGUGGUGCCUAAUGAUCAGGCCGAAGGUCUGACUAUCGGGGCCGCUGUCCGACUACAUGGGUCUUGGAUCCCAUCCUUGGGUCGCGGACAGAGCCAUGAGCUACAAGUUGAACGAGCCACGGUGCUGGGACCGUCUAACGCUAAGACCUUUCCGAUCCAGAAGAAAUAUCAAACUCCCGAGUAUCUAAGGACCUUACCCCAUCUUCGUCCUAGGAUACCGUUUAAUACUACCGUUCUUCGAUUUCGCUCUGAGAUCAUGGCAUCGCUAACUGGCUUCUUCGGAACCCGCGAUUUCAUACAGACUCACACUCCUAUUCUCACAUCGUCAGAUUGUGAAGGUGCCGGUGAGGUCUUUCAUGUGUCGGCUGGCGAUCCUAGUCCAUCGCUUCCAGAAUCUAAGACACCUCAACCCAAACCCUUCUUCCGCCGUCCCGUCUAUACGACUGUAUCGGCUCAGUUACAUUUAGAGGCUCUGGCUCAGGCUCUCGGUAAUGUGUGGACGUUGUCUCCGACCUUUCGUGCAGAGCAAAGUAAUACUCCGCGCCAUCUUAGCGAGUUUUAUAUGCUUGAAGCAGAAAUGAGCUUCACUGACAGUCUGGACUCCGUGAUGGACCUUGCAGAAGGUAUGUUGAAACAUAUCUGCACCGAUCUGAGUACGUCAAAAGUCAAGAAUGAGCUUUUAGUGCGAAGAGGCGAGCGAGCGUCAGAUUUUGCUACACCAGAACAAGUCGAACAGCGUUGGGCAGGCAUUCUACGACCGAACUGGCCUCGUAUUACCUACACUGAAGCUAUCGAGAUAUUGAAAAGUUCCGAUACAGCUUUUACCCAUAGCCCUGUUUGGGGCCAGGACCUUCAAACUGAGCAUGAGAAGUAUAUCGCGAUGAAGGUGGGUAAUGGUAGUCCGGUAUUUGUCACGAACUAUCCACGUGAUAUCAAGGCUUUCUACAUGAAGGCUAAUGUGGGAGAUUGCGAGAAAUCCCCACCUGGUGCGACGGUCGAAUGCUUCGACCUCCUCGUACCAGAUUUCUGCGAAAUUGCUGGCGGGUCUAUGCGCGAGCAUCGACUGGACAAUCUACUAGAGUCCAUGCGCGCCCACGGGAUAGCUCCAGCACCCCCGGAUGAUGCUGUCGAGUCAGAGUCGCCGCAAUCGGUUGAGAAUAACCUUAACUGGUACGUCGAUCUACGGCGCUGGGGCUGUCCUCCUCAUGGCGGAUUCGGCGUAGGCUUCGAUCGGCUGAUAUGCUAUCUCUCCGGCGUCCAAACAAUACACGACACUUCCGCGUUCCCCCGCUGGUACGGCCGAUGUGAUUGCUAAACACAAUAUGAUGGCG